AUGAGAAUGUUUCCAAACAUAACAAAUGAAACAAUAACAGCUCCACAUAAGCCACCUCAGGACAUACUGAUAGCCAAUCAGAUCAACUUAAACAUAUGUUUAGUUUUGCUCAUGAUUGGUCUUGGAUGUACAAUGGAAUGGAAGGAUAUAAAGAAAAUAUUUCAAAGACCCAUACCAGUAACUGUGGGGGCGUUAUGCCAGUUUGGUAUCAUGCCGCUUAUUGGAUUCACGUUAGCAGUAGUUUUUCAGUUACCAGCUAACGUCGCCAUAGGAACCAUUCUCAUUGCAACAUGUCCAGGAGGUACAGCGUCAAAUAUCAUGACAUAUUGGUCAGAAGGUGACAUUGCUCUCAGUGUCUGCAUGACAACUGUAUCCAACGUCUUGGCCAUUGGUAUGAUGCCAUGGUGUCUGUUUCUCUACUCACGUUAUUGGAUUGCAAUAUCAAAUGUUAUUAUGCCAGCACCCGAGGAAAUUGCAAUAGCUCUGGUAAUUAUGCUCAUACCAACAUCUGUUGGAAUGCUGAUACGAUGGAAGUGGCCACGCUUUUCCGAAAAACUUGCCUUUGUGUUGAACAUCAUUGUCAACAUUCAAAUUGUUCUCUUCAUAAUACUUAGUGUUGUAGUGUUCCCACAUGUCUUCGCUACUGGUUGGAGGCCAUGGUGUGUUGGCACUCUUUAUCCUUUCACUGCCUUCACCGUUGGGUAUUUCCUAUCUAGGUUAUUUGGACUUAUGCCUAAGCAAGCCAAAACCGUUGCUUUUGAGACUGGAAUCCAAAAUGGAGCACUUGCCUUGAGUUUGAUAAAUUAUCUCAUACUUCAGGGAUACACCAACAUGGCUGAAAUGAUGACGAUACCGAUGAUCCACACAAUUUUUUGCGAUUGUUGA